AUGGGCCACUGGGCUCAAUAUUGCCUUGCUCCCAAGCCUGUCAAGCGACUCAAUCUGCUCGAGCGUGAUGGAAUCGCUACAGCAAAUGAGGAUGCUGAAGAGCUCUACAACGCAGAGGCAAUUGCAGCACCAAGCCGGUGGCUCCUAGACUCUAGUUGUACUAAUCUUAUGGGCAAUAAGAAGAGUCUUUUUGAGUGUUAUCAACUGAGCAUUGGAAAAUAUGGUGUUCAUUUAGAAAGGAAGAAUUGCACUCUUGUCAAUGUUGCUUGCGCUUUGUUAGCUGAUGCACAUCUUGACAAGAUGUUUUGGCAAGAGGCUAUAGCCACCGCAAUGCACGUACAAAAUCACCUUGCCACAGUUGCUUUGGAUGGAAAAACCCUUGAGGCAUUUUGGAUAGGUUCCACUCCUGAUGUGUCCCACUUUUGGGUCUUCGGUUGUGCAGCAUAUGCACAUACCCCUGAUCAACUUCAGAAAAAGCUAGAUCCCAAAAAGGCUCUUCAAGAUCCUUCUUUCAUUGCUGAGACUCAACUUGUUCCUUUGAUCCCAUUUAUGGGAGAUGGUCCACUCUUGCCUCUGCUUCAAGAUCCUAUUCCUGAGUUGCCACCAGAGAUUCCACUGGGGAAUCCUCCACUUCUGGACAUGCUUGAACCAGCUGAUGCUCCUCCAGUUGAGGAUAGGCCUCCGACACCUCCACCACCUUGUCGCUGUCGUGGCAUGCUUGAUCUGAUGCCAGUUCUUGAUCACCCUUGGGAACGUCGGCCCUCGUUGAAAGUCCGGGAAAAUGCUGAAGCAGAUGCUGCAGAACUUGAUGACAUUUGUGGCCUUUUUUACGUCGGCAUCCCCAUGACCUAUGAUGAGGCCAUCUCAGGACUUGAGGCUUCAUCUUGGAUGGAAGCUAUUGUGGAAGAAGUUUCUUCCAUUCAGGUUGUACAUUAUAAGGCACGGUUGGUUGUUCGCGGUUUUCACCAAGUCCAUGGCCUUGACUACGAUGAAACAUUCUCACCGGUUGUAAAAAUGGCUAGCCUCUAUACUCUUUUUGCACUUGCAGCUGCUCGCAAAUGGCAAGUCCACCAUAUGGACAUCAAAACUACAUUUUUGAAUGGGGAUUUGCAAGAGGACAUCUAUAUGCAUAUACUUCCUGGUUUUGAGGAUGAUGUUGCCCUUGGUGGCCCUAUAUGGCAACUGCGGAAAGCUUUGUAUGGCCUAAAAUAG